CAGAGCUGUCGUAAUGCUCAUGCUGAUGCCUCAAGAGAAAUGAGAUGUGUUUCAGAAGCAGUCUGUGAUGUUGUGGAGAGGUACGAGGAUUACCAACCGUGCGUCAUGCUCGUGGCACAUCGAAUAAAUACUCGAUUCGCACAUUAAAUUGCAGCAACCUUACUUUGGAAAAAGUCACCGUGAUUCUUUCUUUCUUUUUGCGGCUAUUUGAGCGUUGAUCUACAGGAGGCAACAUCUGGAGUCGCGGAAAUCUAGUUGCCUGCAGAUUUUGGAUACUGUUGCGCUCACAGUGAUCUUUCAAAAGAAGCAGUUCCUCGGAGAGUGACAGUGCACUUUGGAUUGAGGACUUAAACACUUGGGAGUGAUGGCGGCGUCGGCACCCUCCUCCUCCUCCUCCUCCUCUGGCGGUGAUCCGGAUCCCAACUCGACAAAUUUACGGCCAGCCUCCUCAAACUAUGACUGGAGUGGAGUCGCACAUGGAUGUACGAGAAAGCUUGGAAUGAAGAUAUGCGGAUUCUUGCAGAAGAACAAUAAUCUUGACGACAAGAGCCGAAUUGUCGGCCUUUUUAACGACCAGCAGCCAUCCAAGAGCAUUUUCACACAGGACAACGAGCGAGAGUCUCGCUUCAGACGCACAGAGACAGACUUCUCCAAUCUAUACGCGCGAGAUCUUCUUCCGGCCAAAAAUGGAGAGGAGUACACGAUCCAGUUUCUCCUGGAGGUUGUGGACAUCCUGACUAACUAUGUGCGGAAGACCUUUGACAGAUCCACCAAAGUGCUGGACUUCCACCAUCCCCAUCAGCUGCUGGAGGGUAUCGAGGGGUUUAACUUAGAGCUGAGCGAUCAGCCAGAGAGCCUGGAGCAGAUUCUGGUGGACUGCAGGGAUACACUUAAAUAUGGAGUUCGGACAGGUCACCCAAGGUUUUUUAACCAGCUGUCUUCAGGUCUAGACAUUAUGGGUUUAGCUGGCGAGUGGCUAACUUCUACUGCAAAUACUAACAUGUUCACAUAUGAGAUUGCUCCCGUGUUUGUUCUGAUGGAACAGCUCACCCUGAAGAAAAUGAGAGAGAUUAUCGGCUGGCCAAACGGAGAUGGAGAUGGUAUUUUCUCACCAGGAGGAGCCGUCUCAAACAUGUACAGCGUGAUGGUGGCGAGGUACAAGCACUACCCUGAAGUUAAAAUCAAAGGCAUGGCGGCCGUUCCCAGGCUGGUGCUCUUCACCUCAGAACACAGUCACUAUUCGAUAAAGAAGGCAAGUGCAGCGCUGGGUUUUGGCACAGAGAAUCUGAUCUUGCUGAGUACAGAUGAAAGAGGUAGAGUCAUUCCAGCUGACUUGGAGGCCAAGGUCAUUGAUGCCAAGCAGAAGGGAUUUGUGCCACUGUUUGUGAAUGCCACCGGUGGAUCUACAGUUUAUGGAGCCUUUGAUCCCAUCAAUGAGAUCGCUGACAUCUGUGAGAAAUACAACCUGUGGCUUCAUGUAGAUGGAGCGUGGGGCGGUGGUCUGCUGAUGUCCAGGAAACACAGACACAAAUUGAAUGGCAUUGAGAGAGCCAACUCUGUCACAUGGAACCCGCACAAGAUGAUGGGCGUUCCGUUACAAUGCUCUGCCAUUCUGGUCCGUGAGAAGGGUCUUCUACAGGGCUGCAACUCCAUGUGUGCUGGAUAUCUUUUUCAGCAGGAUAAGCAGUAUGACGUCACGUAUGACACGGGAGAUAAGGCCAUACAGUGUGGUCGACACGUAGACAUCUUUAAGUUCUGGCUCAUGUGGAAGUCAAAGGGCACCAUUGGUUUUGAGAAGCACAUAGACAGAUGUCUGGAGCUGUCAGAGUAUCUUUACCACAAGAUAAAGAACCGUGAAGGAUAUGAGAUGGUGUUUAAAGGGGAGCCCCAGCACACCAACGUGUGCUUCUGGUACUUUCCUCCAAGCCUGCGAGGCCUGCCGAAUGGACAGGAGAGAAGUGAAAGACUCCACAAGGUUGCCCCUAAGAUCAAGGCGAUGAUGAUGGAAUGUGGGACGACUAUGGUGGGCUACCAGCCCCAGGGUAAUAAAGUUAACUUCUUCAGAAUGGUUGUCUCCAAUCCAGCUGCAACCAGGUCAGACAUAGAUUUCCUGAUCGAUGAAAUAGAAAGACUGGGACAGGAUUUAUAGACGGCAUAUUGGGGUGAAAAUUUAGUACGAAAAAACAUUUUGGAUUAUUGUACCAGCUGGACAUUCUAGAAUACUAAGUGGAACGCUGUAGAAUAAUGAGGCACUAGAACCAGGGUCACGAUGUAGAAAGCAGAUCAAAUUUAGGACAUUCCAGAAUGCAGGGAGAUGGUGAGCUCCUUUGGUUUUAAUAUGAUUCCGAAGACACAUAUUACUUUUUAUGAUAUUUAAUGUCGUAUCCUUGUCCCUUCCGUCAUCUGUCCUAUAUGUGGUGCUCCGUCUUUUAGCUAGAAACGUUUUACUCAUUCUAAGUAAUGUUGCAGCAUCAAUACAAGUUAAGCUCUAUGGGCAUCGGUGACUUGCUGCUGUGUUCAAAGAAUGAGCCAACAUUAUAUUUUGUGGCAUUAGAGCUUAACUUGUUUUAAACACAAAUCCAGAAUGUGUCUGUAUAGGCUACUAAAUAAAAAUUAGUUUUAGAAUAUACGGUAAUAUAUCACCAUUUAAUAACAAUGUGGACCAAGUGUCAUACCUGUUAUGUAAUAAGGACAGAUCCUCUAUGUACUGUUGUUGUAAGUAACGUCUUGAUACACCAUGUUUUUAACAUUUGUGUAAAUUGUGAUUGUUUGUGACAAACAUACGUCACAUGGUUUUUCAGUAAGACAUGUUUGAAUAGUGCUAAAGAUUAAAUAGAGGUAUGUGUCGAGAUAAAAUUCAUACCGCAAGACUUACUGUGUAAAAGAAGUCUAUUUAUACCCACCAGUACCUUAUAUUUUGAGAGACAAUGUUUGUCUACAUUUUUUCAUUGGUUAAUAAAUAAAGUAAAAUAUCUAAGACAAAGACAUUAAUGCCAUUAAGUUACAAAUCUGCACUUCUGUAAAGGACGAAAAACAGAGAUCAUAAAAGAAAUAAUGUAGAAUUUAUGUGUAACAUCUGUAAUAUAAAUAUAAGCAUUUAAAAACUGUACUGCCAUGCAAUGAAUGUUGUCGUAGAGAUCUGGUUUCUGAUGUUCACAUGCUGUACCUAUAAAAAUAACACUUAAAUGAUCAUUUAAUAAAAAAGAGAAAGUUAACAGUAAAUAAAAAUGAUAAAUCAUAGAGUUUGUGGUGCUGAUAUUUAGUUAAAGUAAGAGCAUUUAUUAGUAGUUGUAAGUAGAUUCAGUCAGUUUGUGUCUUUCAGAUGACUAAUACAAUAACUCAUUCUUAAACCAACAAACUUUAGGAAACUAUGCUAACAGUUUGUGUAUGCAAUGCUUACUUUACUCUGGCCGGUGAAUGUGAAGUUGCUCUUGACUGAAUUUACUGUAUUUUAACCUACAGUCACAGGCUGUUUUUGUGCAAUAUUGCUGUUCACUGUCACCACUACAA